AUUGACUUUUGGCUGCCGUUGCAGGUGUGGACAGUGGAGGAGCUGAAGAAAAUCGCCGAGAUUUGUAUUCGUCGCAAUCUGAUUUGCCUCGCCGAUGAGGUCUACGAGUGGGUGGUCUUCCCUCCAAACAAGCAUUACAAGAUCUCUUCCUUCCCGGGCAUGUGGAACCGAACUCUCACCAUCGGCAGUGCUGGCAAAACCUUCCAAGUGACUGGCUGGAAGAUUGGUUGGACCGUGGGCCCCGAACGUUACAUUAAUGCUAUGUCAAUAAUACAACAAAACACCGUUUAUACCUGCGCCACUCCAUUGCAGGAAGCGCUUGCUUUAACCAUUGAGCAGGAGCUGCCGCUGCUUGGCACCGAACAGAGUUUCUUCCACUACAUCACGCAGGAAGUUAUGCGGAAGAGCCGGCGUGUUGCGGAGGCGCUAAAGAAAGUCGGAAUGCCAGCAAUUAUUCCCCAGGGUGGAUACUUCCUGAUGGCCAGCAUUGAAAAAAUGCCCCUGCCGGCGAACUCGACGGGAUCCGGGGAAAAGAGUACGAAGGACGUCGCCUUCAACGACUGGAUGAUAGUCAAUAAAGGCGUUGCUGCGGUUCCGCCUACUGUCUUCUGUUGCACAAAGCACCAACACCUCUUCGAGAACUACCUCCGAUUCUGUAUAAUUAAGGACGACGCCACGAUCGACAAAUUUGUUGAGCGGCUGAAUAAUUGGUAG